AUGGCCAUCAAUUGUAAGGAAAACCAACACCGCCAACCUGAUUGGCUGACAGAGGAGCUCCGGAAAGCACAGCUAGACAACGAAGUCAUGUUCGCCAGAAAACCAUGCAUUUACAAAGUCCCACAGCACCUACGUGAAGCCGACAAGAAGUCCUACACCCCAAGCGUAGUUUCCAUGGGGCCUUACCACUUCCAUAACCGCCACCUCCACCCCAUGGAACGCCAUAAAUGGCGUGCCUUUUACCAAACCAUAAAUCGCCAUAAGCAUGACUUCAAGCUCUAUCUUGACGCCAUCAAAGACCUUGAAGCAAAAGCACGUGGCUCCUACGAGGGUGAGAUUAAUCUCAACAGCGACGACUUCGUUAAAAUGAUGGUUCUUGAUGGUUGCUUCAUCCUCGAGCUAUUUAGAGGUAUGAAAGAUGGAUUUGAUACGCUGGGCUACUCAGAAGGCGAUCCCGUUUUCUCAAUUUGUGGCUCGCUGGAUUUUAUUCGCAGAGAUAUGAUUAAGCUCGAGAACCAGAUUCCUCUAUUCAUACUUGAUGCAUUAAUAGCCCUUCAGAGCCCCGUUCGUGACACACACUAUUUAGUCAAGAUGGCUAUCUCAUUCUUCGCACCAUUGAUCCCAACCGAUGAACCGGUGGACAAAGGUGCGGACUUUACCCACUUGGAUCCACAAUCCCAUCACUGUCUCCAGCUUUUCAGAGAGAAUCUGGUCAGCAAAGGGUUGAUCGCACCAAAACCAGCCAAAAAGUUAUGGAAGAGAAGGUUGAGUAUUAACGUUGUGGGAAAGCCAACCACACAAGUAAUCUAUUGUGUAUCACAACUAACAGAAGGUGGGGUAAGGUUUAGAAUGUGA